CACGUGUUUUUGUAAAGACAGAAACGCUGCUGCAGCUUCCGUGUGAACUGCAGUGGGCUGUGAGUGGAAGAAUGAAACACUCUGAAUGUAAUCAUUUUCACGAAUCUAAGAGACCUGCGUGGAUUAUAAAAUGCAUAUACAUGGUUGGGUUUAUGGACCUCUUUGGGGUCAGUAUGAUCAUCCCUCUACUGAGUCAUCACGUGAAGGCAUUAGGAGCAAGCCCGAUAGUCUCUGGAGUAGUGGGAUCCACAUAUGGUGUUUUACAGCUUUUCUCCAGCACUUUAGUAGGUAGCUGGAGUGAUGUAGUGGGGAGGCGCUCUUCUUUACUUACGUGCCUUCUGCUCAGUGCAUUCGGAUACGGCCUUCUGGGGAUGUCCACCUCUAUUGCCCUGUUUGUGCUGGCCCGAAUUCCUGUGGGGCUUUUUAAACACUCCUUGUCCAUUUGCCGAGCUCUCCUGUCAGAUAUCGUGUCAGAGACUGAGCGCCCUCUGGUGAUGGGUCAUUUCAAUGCAGCUUCCAGUGUGGGAUUCAUCCUGGGCCCAGUGGUAGGAGGCUACCUUACUGAACACGAGGGAGGAUUUUAUAUGUCCUCCUUUGUCUGUGCUGUUAUCUUCCUCCUUAAUGCAGGUUUGGUUUGGAUGUUACCAUGGACUGAGAUUCAAAAUCAACAUUUAACUGCUAACAGUAACGGUAAAAACAGACAGACGUAUGACCGGCUGGGAAACUGCGAUGCAAACCAUCAUGGUUGUUCCGUGUCUUCGAAAACCCAUAGUUCUGCUGGAUCUCUGUGCAAGGACUGGGGUAAUAUGGCUCUACUCCAGCUGACUUCAGUAGGAGCACAAAUCCGCAUUGUGGCCUCUUCUGACCUGUGGGAUGUGUUCCUGGUGCGCCUACUAAUGGCGCUGGCAAUCAUGCUUUAUCACAGUAACUUCUCUCUGGCCAUGGAAGAGCGCUUUGAUUUGAAACCCAAAGUGACAGGGUACAUGAUCAGCUACAGUAGCAUGCUGGGUGCACUGGCUGGGUGCCUGGUGGGCCCCAUGACUCGUCUGUACAGAGGCAAUAUGUCUGCUCUGCUGCUGCACUCCACAGCCUUCACAUGCACAUUGAUCUUCCUGUAUGCCUCAGCAGGCAGCGUCUGGAACGUGCUGCUCUCCUCCACGUUCUUUGCCGUCUCUACCAGCGUGGGCCGCACCUGCAUUACAGACCUGGAGCUGCAGCAUGGAGGCAGUGUGAAGGCCAGUGGAACCUUAAUCGGUGCGGGCCAGUCAGUGACGGCAGUGGGGCGCAUUUUGGCACCGCUGCUCUCCGGUCUGACUCAGGAAAUAAGCCCAUGUGGUCCACCAAGUCUCGGGGUGCUGCUGGCUCUCUCAGCUCUGGUGCUAGUGCUUGUCAGGACCCCAAGCGUGGCUUUCACUUUGGCCGACCUUGUCGAUCCUGUGGCUUCAACUGAGGUCUCCGUAGCAGAGGGUUUCUUGCCUCACCGCUGCCUUGCUCCGGAGGCUCUGGGCUCCAUAUCGCCGGGGAAGAUACGAUUUGCUGUCCUUCUCCCUCGUGCUCAGAGUCUCUGGUCCUGUUUUGAGAGUGCCGCUGUGGAGCUGAGUGCCUGAAAGAAGCGGAGCCGGAGCUCAGGGUUGAUAAGCCAUACCCCUUCUGCUCUUCAUUUACCUCAUCUACUGUGGCCUCCUUAAAGGGCUCCAGCCUCCUCAGAGAUGUCGCUGGCAUGGAGGGGGUACGGAAAGGCUGUCUAGAUCUGGGCCUGGCUGAAGGGUAGCUAGGUUUUAUCACAAUGUCAGCAUCACCUGGAAAAAUACA